AUGGAUUUAAGUAGAAACACAACGUCAGAUAGCAACCCCAACUUGUAUCUUUCUGAACCAGAAGAUGGGGAUCAACUUCUGUGGGAGAUACCCACAUAUGUGAGUGAUCGAGUAAGACGUGUUAAUACCGGUGCCAACUCCAUAAUGUCAGUUUUACGAAGAGGAAGAAGCAAUACGGUAACGAGUAUCAGGAGUGGUAUAAUCUCGAUGAAAGAGCAUGUCGAUAAAGAGAAAUUCUUUUAUUUACUGUUCACUAGUCUGUUUAUCUACUCCGGCUUUAUGGCGGUGUUUGCCCCAGUAACGUCACUUGCAUCAGAUUUCAGAUUACUACAUGGGAGUCAAUUGACUGAAUUCGAAGCAUAUAGAAUAUACUUAGAUGAGUUAUCAGUUCAGAAUUUAGCCAAAAAACAUGUAAGUCAAUAUUCAAAUAGCAUUAUCAAUCCUGGCGAUUCAGAUGCUUUGAGAUAUACCGUCAAUGAACUGGAAAAGUUAGGGUUCGAUCCAAGAGAGCUCAAGUAUUAUCCUUGGGUUAAUACCCCUAUUGAUACGAAGGUAGAAUUAAUUCAAAAUGGCGAUUUAAUUUUUGAACCUACUUUAAAAGAAGACAUCCUACAGGGAGACCCAACCGAUCAUAAGAAAGGAUUUAAUAAGGGUUACCAUGAUUAUUCUAAAAGUGGCACCGUUAAGGAAAACUACGUAUAUGUUAACUAUGGGACACUUGAGGAUUAUAAUUAUUUAUUAGAAAAUGAUGUUGCUAUAGAAAACAAAAUUCAUAUAAUUCGCUCGGGUGAAAUUUUCCGUGGCAUUCAAUUGAAGAAUGCAGCUCUAUUUGGAGCAUCUGGUGCCCUAACGUAUACUGAUCCAUAUGAUGAUGGUUGUGUAACGAAUAACAAUGGAUUCAAAAGUUUCCCAAGAGGCCCAGCAAGGCCAUUAAGCAGCAUUGAGAGGGGUUCUGUAAGUUAUUUAACAGAUUUCCCAGGUGAUCCUACUUCAAAUGGAUUUCCUGCAACCGAUGAACAUCAAGAACAUAUAGCCCCAGAUGGCAAAAUCCCAAGAAUUCCAUCAGUGCCGGUAAGCGCCAAGGAAAUUGCACCGAUCCUAAAUAAAUUGAACAAUAGCGGCGUAAGGUUCAAAAAUAAAGGUGGCAUACGUGGAUUUGAUUACUCAACUGGACCAUCAGAAGGAGAUCUGCAAGUCAGGAUAUUUAACGAUCAGAGAUAUGACAUUAUUAAUAUUACAAACGUAGAAGUAGACAUACCUGGAAUAUUCGCGGAUGGUACAAUUAUUAUCGGAAGCCAUCGUGACCACGUUUCGGCAGGGGGUGCAGGCAGAGCAAGCAGUAGCAGUGCUAUAUUUUUGGAGCUUGCAAGAGGUUUGAAGAGCUUGAAAGAUAAAGGUUGGAUACCUUUACGCCCAAUCAAACUUAUUAGUUGGGAUGGAUCAGAGAAGGCUGUUUUAGGUUCUACUGAAUUCACUGAAAACUAUGGCCCGGUAUUAUCAAAGAAUUCGCUUGUAUAUAUCAAUUUAGAUAAAGUGGUGACAGGAACAAAAUUUAACUGUGUGGCCAAUCCAUUAUUAUAUGAUAUACUUCAACGUGCAGCCAAAGGGACUACCUUCAAGGAUGACCAUGACUGGUCCUUAUUAGAUGAGUGGAACAGAACCUCCAAUAUUUCAUUUGGCUCCCCAGGUGGAGGAACAGAUAUCAUGUCAUUCCAGAAUUAUUUAGGUAUACCUUCUGUAAGUUUUGGCUUUGAAGAUGAUAAAAGGAAAGAUGCAGUGUAUCCAUCAAACUCCCACUAUGAUACUCAGGAAUGGCUGGAAGAAUUUGUCGACCCUGAUUAUAAAUUGCAUAACACAAUUGCCAAAUUUUUAGGCAUCACCGUCUUGGCCCUAAGCGAGAAAGAAAUGAUUCCAUUUAAGGCUAGUGCAUAUUUGAACGAAAUCGAAGUCACGUUUGAUAAAUUAAGUACUGACAUACAGUAUACCUUCCCUGGAGACAGAGAAUUGGCAAGCAAGAUAGAGACAACAUCAGAACAGAUAAAGUUAUUAUCGCAGGAUUUGGGAAUGAAGUUUGACAAAUCCAAUGAAAAAUUGUAUAAAAUGACUGUUACCGAAUUACCAUUAUGGAAAAUAUACAAGAAAUUUCCAAUAUACAGUCGAUUGUUAAGAUCUAAUGAAAAAUUAAUGAACUUCGAUAAACUGUUCUUAUCUUCCAAAGGCUUGAAAGAAAGGACUAAGAUGAAACACUCAAUAUACGCUCCAAACAAAUAUACAGGUUAUGAUAGUGAUAUAUUACCAGGAAUCCACGAAGCUUUAAUAGAUGAAAACAAAGACGAUAUAUUUCAUUACCUUACAAUAUUACAAAUUCAACUAGCAAAUUUAAAAUAUCUGCUGCUAUAA